AGGGCGUUAGUUUUUAUUUUAUCGCUCGUUCUGUUAGUUUUCUUUGGUGCUAGUAAAAGAGGUUGUCUUUAUAGUGCACAUUCUCUUUGCUUACUGACAUCGUAUAGAAGAAAUAUCUGUCAUUAAGAAAGAUAUUGUGUUUCGUGUUCGUGCAAUUGUGUUGAUAUUUUUUAAACAUGUCUAUACUUGGCAAAAAUUUUUCGAAGUUUAGAAUGAUUUUACCUAAUGUUGUCCGUGGUAGAGCGGUGUCGACAACACCAAAACUGUCUUCAGAAGAUUUGCUCGUACACAGGGACAGUGAGGAAAACAACCCUUGCGUGCCCUUUCAGUUCACUGAAGCUAAUAUGAAGAGAUUGGUGGCUAUAGUCCAGAAUUACCCAGAAGGUUCUCAAAGAUCUGCCAUCAGUGGCGCCAUGGACCUAGUUCAGAGGCAGAUGGGUUGGAUCCCAAUAUCGGCAAUGCAUAAAGUCGCUGAGAUUCUGAGUAUACCCCGAAUAAGGGUCUACGAAUGGGCUACAUUUUAUUCUAUGUGUAAGAGGCGUUACAGAGGCAAGUAUCAUGUGAAGGUUUGUAAGACUCUUCCAUGUAUGUUGCGGGGGUCUGAUAUCAUACUUCGUACUGUUGAAGAAGCGACUUGCUGCUGUGUCGGCAGUCUUUCCCCUGACAAGAUGUUUGGAGUCGACGUGGUCGAGUGUCAAGGCGCAUGCGCUAAUGCACCCGUGAUUGCCAUCGACGAUGAUUAUUAUGAGGAUUUGACAGUCAGCGACGUCUACAACAUAAUACAAACGAUAAAAUGUGGCAACAUACCGCCUGCUGGACCACAAAGUGGCAGAUAUGCCGCCGAGCCUGCUUGUGGUCAAUGUAGCCUGUUAGGCUGCCCUCCAGGCCCAGGGUAUUGCAUGCAGCCAAGUUUGUAUUGUGACAGCAAACCACCUACUUAAGUGACUUUCAAAAAUAUCUAUCACACCGUAUACAAGAACUAUGCACAGUAAAAUGUCACCCUUAAGUGUCAUAAUGUCAUCGCUUUUGCUAAGUGGAUGAAUAGAUGUAUAUAUACCUGAAUGAUACUUUCAAUAUUAUCCAUCAGUGGUAAUUAAGAACGGCAUGUAGGAAAGCGAUGAUGAUGUGUCGUGUUCUCCUUGUCAUCGCCAAGCGGAAUAUAGAGAUAGAGAGAUAUUUGUCUGUGCAUCUUUUUUGUAUAUGGUUGAGAGAACUAUCACAUCCAUGCGUUAGAGUGAUAGCAUUGGCGUUAUCCAUUGUAGAAAUGGCACUAGUGCGGACUGCCGAUGCAAUGUUUAUAUGUAUGUGUAGCUCUGUUGGAGUUGCAAUUUUUAUAUUAUUGAUUAUUUAUUAGCGCAGUCCAUGUUAAGUGGGACCGUCAGAAAGUGCUAGAUUUAGAUAGUUUUUUUAAAUUAUAACUUGAGAACAUCUGGUAUGGCGCAUUUAUGACGCGGCGUCUUUCAAGUUGUAACGACUGAAAUGGUUUUAUAUUCGAUAUUUAAUUUAAAUUAAUUGUGUUCUUUUCAAUAUAUUCGUCCAGACUAGA